UAGCCGGAAAGGCUGCGCUUUGCUGCUCCUGCCGCACGCAGCUGUCUGUCCGCCCUCUUGCGCGGCGCUCCCCGGCCGAGUGGAGCGGCGGUGCGGGGCCUGGCAUGGCGGGUGUGGGUCCCUGCGACUGAGCGCCGCCUGCAGGAAGGCCGGGCCGGGAGGGCUGCGUCUUGCGGCGGGAGGCAGGAUAUUCCAGUCCAUGAUGUCCAUGAUGAGAUUCUCCUUGUCUGACAACAUCACAAGUUCUACUGCCCUGGUGACAGCACUGGAUAAUGUGACAACUUUGUCUCCAACGACAGCACAGGCAAUCAAUGGCACGAACAUCACGGUGCCACACAAAUGCCUGCUGUUGCUUUAUGAGGACAUUGGGAAGUCCAGAGUCCGCUACUGGGAUCUUUUGCUCCUGGUUCCCAAUGUGCUUUUCUUUAUGUUUCUUCUCUGGAAGCUGCCCUCUGCCAGGGCCAAAAUCCGGGUCACUUCCAGCCCUAUCUUCACUACAUUCUACAUACUAGUGUUUGUGGUGGCUUUAGUUGGUAUUGCCCGUGCUGUUGUCUCCAUGACUGUGAGUGCCUCUGAUGCUGCCACAGUUGCUGAUAAGAUCCUGUGGGAGAUCACAAGGUUCUUCCUUCUGGCGAUUGAGCUGAGCGUGGUGAUUCUAGGCCUUGCCUUUGGUCAUCUGGAGAGCAAGUCGAGUGUGAAGCGUGUUCUGGCAAUCACUACAGUGCUGUCUCUAGCAUAUUCUGUCACCCAGGGGACCUUGGAAAUCCUCUACCCUGAUGCUCACCUCUCAGCUGAAGACUUCAACAUCUAUGGCCAUGGAGGGAGACACUUCUGGCUUGCCAGCUCUUGUUUCUUCUUUCUGGUCUAUUCCUUUGUGGUGAUUCUUCCAAAAACUCCUCUUAAAGACCGGAUUUCUCUGCCCUCCAGGAAGAGUUUUUAUGUUUACGCUGGGAUCCUGGCAGUGCUGAAUCUGGUGCAGGGUUUGGGCAGUGCCCUUCUCUGUGUGGAUAUCAUAGAAGGACUGUGCUGUGUUGAUGCUACUACAUUCCUUUACUUCAGCUUCUUUGCACCUCUCAUCUAUGUGGCAUUCCUGAAAGGCUUCUUUGGGUCUGAGCCGAAGAUCCUUUUCUCCUACAAGUGUCAGUUGGAUGAACCUGAAGAUGUGGAUGUGCACCUACCCCAUGCUUAUGCUGUUGCCAAGAAGGAAGGAAUGGAUUCUGGGUUCUACUCAAGCACUCAGAUUGAUACCACAGCCUACCUGGAUGACGUGGCCUCUAUGCCAUAUCACGUGGGCAGCAUCAACAGCAUAGACAGCGAUCGUUGGAAAGCUAUCAAUGCCUGAGGCAGGGCUCCCCCCUGCACCUUAUGAACUCCCUGAUGCUGAGGAUGUUAGGAUAUCCACUGGAAAUCUGUUCAUCGCUAUCUG